UGCUCUCCGCCCAUUAAACCCCCCCGCUCCGAUUUCACCGCUCUCUCUCUCUCUCUCUCUCUCUCUUCAUGAGCGUAUCUCCAUCGUAAGGGACAACCUCGCCUGGCCACCCCGUCUCGUUCCCGAUUCCGCCAUGGAAUUAACGAUCAAUGGCCACCAGCAGCACGGCGACCCCCCGGCCAUUGACGUUCAAUCCCCCGCCUCCGGCUCCGACCUCGCCGGCGGCGGCGGCGAGCUGCCCCUCCGCCCGACGGAUUCUGCGAGGUGGAUCUGUCCCCCGGCCGGAUGAGGAGCCGCCGAGCGGGAACCCCGGCGAUCCCGCGAUCCGGGAGGACCCCGCCUCCGAAGAAGCCGACGACGCUGGCGGUGCCGGCGCCGCCAGAGAAGCGGCUCCGGCUUCGCCGCCUGCGACGGAUGAGUCGGAGGAGGACCGAGGUGCCGAGGCCGAGGAUCGCGAGCGUGCGAUUGGUAACGGGGCGAAGGCCGCCGGCGGCGUCGGAGGCGGCGGCUCUGACGUGAUCAGCGUGAUCCAGCCUCAUUCGCAGCUCCCGAAGCCGGAGGCCCCGCCGAUGUCGCGCUCUCCGCCGCGGGACGUCGACGCCGCCGCCCCCAUAUUGGGCCGAUCGCAGUCCACGCCUGGCGGGCUCCCGGCGGUCGACAUGCCGGCCAUCGGGAAGUUCAUCCGGGACCGGAGCAACAGCUUCUCCGCCGCGAUCGUGAAGCGGCUGUCGUCUCUCAAGGAGAAGGGGAGCGAUGACGACGGCGGCAAGGGCGAUUCCGAUUUCAAGCCCAACGGUGUGACGGAGAUCAAUCUCUCGGGGCUGAAGGUGGUGGUGACGCUGAAGACGGAGGAGCGGCCGGAGAAGGAGCUGCGGGGCAGGAUCAGCUUCUUCUCGCGGUCUAACUGCCGGGACUGCACCGCGGUGCGGUGCUUCUUCCGGGAGCGGGGGCUCAAGUUCGUGGAGAUCAACGUGGACGUGUACCCGCAGCGGGAGAAGGAGCUGGUCGAGCGGACGGGGAGCUCGCAGGUGCCGCAGAUCUUCUUCAACGAGAAGCUGUUCGGCGGGCUGGUGGCGCUGAACUCGCUGCGGAACAGCGGGGGGUUCGAGCAGCGGCUGAGGGAGAUGCUCGCGGGGAGGUGCUCCGCGGGGGCGCCGGCGCCGCCGGUGUACGGGUUCGACGACCCGGAGGUGGAGGAAGAGGGGCGGGCGGACGAGGCGGUGGGGAUCGUGAGGGUCUUGCGGCAGCGGCUGCCGAUCCAGGACCGACUAAUGAAGAUGAAGAUCGUGAAGAACUGCUUCGCCGGGGCGGAGAUGGUGGAGGUGCUCAUCCACCACCUGGACUGCGGCCGGAAAAAGGCUGUUGAGAUUGGAAAGAAGUUGGCCAAGAAACACUUCUUCCAUCAUGUAUUUGGGGAGAAUGAUUUUGAAGAUGGAAACCACUUCUAUCGUUUCAUUGAGCACGAACCAUUUAUUCCCAGAUGCUACAAUUUCCGAGGAUCUACAAAUGACAGCGAACCAAAGCGAGCAGCUGAAGUUGGCUUAAGGAUGACCAAGAUAAUGUCUGCCAUACUUGAGUCUUAUGCUUCUGAAGAUAGGCGCCAUCUUGAUUAUGGAGCCAUAAGCAAAGGUGAAGAGUUCAGAAGAUACGUGAAUUUGUCUCAAAAACUUCACCGGGUGGACUUACUGGAACUCUCACCCGAUGAAAGGCUGGCGUUCUUCUUGAAUUUGCAUAAUGCCAUGGUCAUUCAUGCUGUGAUAAGGGUUGGUCUACCAGAAGGAAUCAUGGAUAGGAGAUCGGUAGACUCUGACUUCCAGUACAUAGUCGGCGGGUAUCCAUUCUCCCUUAGCACAAUAAGAAAUGGAAUAUUGAGGAACAACCGGAGACCUCCUUACUCAUUGGCCAAGCCCUUUGGCACUGGAGACAGGCGCUUAGAGCUCACUGUUCUUAAAGUAAACCCCCUCAUACAUUUUGGUCUAUGUGACGGCACGAGGUCGAGCCCAACUGUGAGAUUCUUCUCUCCUCAAGUAGUCCAAUCUGAACUCAGAAGUGCCGCCAGAGAGUUUUUCCAGAAUGGCGGGGUUGAAGUGGACCUGGAGAAAAGGACACUUAAACUCACUCGAAUCAUGAAGUGGUUCAGCGCCGAUUUUGGACAGGACAGGGAAAUCCCGAGGUGGAUCCUCAGCUACUUGGACGCAACCAAGGCAGGUCUUUUGACGCAUCUCCUAAGCGAUGGCGGUCCCAUUCACCUCGCCUACCAAAACUAUGACUGGUCUGUAAAUUCCUGAUUCAACCGGCAACAUUCUUGUGGAUAGAAAAACGAAGAACGCUAAACUUAUAAAUCACAUUGAGAGAUGAUUAAAGUUGAGGUGAUGCCGAUUACAUACUGUAUAUAUCUGAAUUUUUUGCGAGUUCAUCCCGAGCCAUUAAAAUGGAAGUUCGAGGAUAUGAUAUAGGUAUAUGCUUGUUUGUCUCAACCGGCGCGCCAAAGAUGACAAAUUGUCGCGCUUUCUUGCUCUUUUUCCCGGCAUAUGGGACUUUGUUUGUAAUGUUCGGUGAUUAGACUUGCGAAGAACAAAGUCUGAACUGUUUGAAUGAUCUGUGCCAUUAAA